CAAGCUCGUUCUGGAUUAAUCGCAACAAAACCCGAAAUAUUUUAAGAUUAUUAACAUGAACCUUUUGUUUUAUUGCCUCUAAAAGGCUCAGUGUAAAGAAUGGCAGGUGUUUUUUAUGAGAAGUGCACCAGUGUGCGUACAAGAAUGAAAGUUAUAGUGUUGGUGAUUCUAUGUCUAUUGCCGAAUAGAUUACUCGCAGAAGUCAGAGAUACGGACCUCACUGAAGAGUCGGAGAAACAGUACAGUCUCAAAAUAAACAAAUGCUGCGAGAAAAACGAGCUCAUGGUCCAGCGAGGGUUUAAAACCGUUUGCACGCUGCUCGAGCAAGUUAAUCAAACUGUCUGGGAACCAAACUUUAAGACAGAUGAUGGGAAGGAUGUAAAAUUGAAAUAUUACAAUUUUAUUACUGGACAACCUGACUGUGAGACUAUGCAACACAGACCCAUUUAUUAUCUGGGUAAUACGGAAGAUGAGCUUCAAAUUCUUGUAGAUGGUCGCAUGAAACAUUUGAUUCAUCACAAACAUAGUACAGACAGUAUUAAAGAGGAGUUCAUUCCAAACCACUCGUUCAGUCUCCACGAUCCUGUUAUCAUUCCGGAAACUAAAGAGCCUGCUUAUUUUUCUCAUGAGAGAGACAAGUACUGUAUGGACAAGAUACUAAUGACAAAUUUUAAUACUAACAACACAAUUAUAGGCGAAUAUGCCAUUGUAUGUGUACCUGAGGUGAAAAUUAAUUGGACUGAUACAGAUUUUCUUCUAAAGAAAGUAUUAAAUCCCUUAUUCCAUGCUAUUGCAAUGGUGUUAUUCCUGUUAGUGGCUAUCAUAUACUUUGUAUUACCAACAUUACGUGACUUGGCUGGAAAUAUAAUUACAACAAUCAACGUAUGUCUUAUUGUGAGCCAAGCAGCUGAUUUGGUCAGAAUAUUCACGGAAUACAGUAAUCAUGUCAGUUUUAUGAUUACAGACGUUAUUCUCUAUGUUAGUCUUUUGGGUGCCUUUUUCUGGUUGAACAGCUAUGGUUUCUAUAUUUGGAAGACUUUCAAAUCAAGAAACGUAUUUCUACGUGUAACAGAUGUACGCAAGUAUUGUUAUUAUUCUGGAGUAGUGUGGUCAUCAGUGAUUAUAAUGGCAGUUUUGGCGAUUUGUGCUCACUUUCUUCUGGAUAUUGGCACAAGUGCAAAGAAGAAAAUGACUCAGUUCUCUGCUUCCAUCCUGGUAGAUGAUGAGGAACAAGAAACUAUUGGAUGGCUCGGAAUCGCAAUAUUCUUUACGCCCAUCGCUUUCACGAUAAUUUUCAACAUAUUCUUCUACGUGACUACUCUCAAAGUUAUAAAAAGGAUAAACAUAUAUGGAAGAAUUCAUUACAAACUGAAAGGAUGCUUUGACUUAUUUCUACAAUUAUUCCUUAUAAUGACAAUUGCCUGGCUAUUCCUACUUCUGUCAUGGCUCAACUUCGACGGUUUGAUUUACGCACACAUAGUUGUGAACUUAUUACAAGCUAUACUUGUAUUCUACAUAUGCGUGGUGCGACAGUCCCAUGUAACAUUUUUGCUGAGGAAAAGUUGUUGCUACGCGGAACCUGUGCCUACUGGAGAGUGGGGUGACGAAAUGACGCACAUGAACGGUGGUAACUAUUAAACAAUUCGAAUAUACAUACGAGAACAAAACAAGGAACAUAAAUCAUGACAAAUUUAGGUAAAAUAGACUAGGGUCCUUUAUAUGGAGUAUCUGAAGUGAUAAGGGGGCCUACCAUAACCUUUCUAAAAACAAUCUUAUUUCAAUGUAAGCUUGUUAUAAUAUUUAUUACUCAUAUUCGUACCAUGACAAACUUGUCUACUAAGAAAUGUAUUAUU